UCCCGGACCUUCCCCUCAGACUGUGCCCUCCUGGCGGGCCCCGGCCCAGCAGGCUUGGCAUGGCGUUGGGGGAGGGUGCCGGGGCUUGAGUUAGCAGAAGUUUGAGUGGCAGGGCAGGAACCCGGCUGCCCGUGGAUAGCAGGGGCAGGCAUGCAGCUGCAGCUGGCUGCCUCUAACUUCCAGGAUAGGACGGACCAUCAAGGUUACAGAAGGCGCUGGGAUUGGCACCGGGACUGGCAUCGGGCAUUGCCCCCCCCGAGGAUGCAUGUAAGGACUUGUGCCCAGAGGAGGCCGUUAAUCUGAGCAAGGGCAGGGGAAACAAUAGGAAGCCACUAGAUUUGACUAAGGAGAGUCAGAUCUCUUCUUAAGGAAAUCGCCUUGACAGUACUGUGUAGGAUGGACCUGAAGACUUGAGGCAGAGAGGAAGCUUUUGCAGUACUCAAGGAUUACCGAGAGGAUGGGAUGGAUUUAGCCAGUGACGCGUGCAGCAGUAGCCGCUCCAGCUCCCGCUCCAACUCCAGCAAAGUGACCCCGUGCUCCGAGUGCAAAUCCUCCUCCUCGCCCUCCUCUUCCUCCUCCCCCGGUAGCCUGGACUUGGUGGCUGCCCUGGAGGACUACGAGGAGGAGGAGGAGGAGAGUUUCCAAGUCUAUCAGAAGAAGGUGAUUGAUGAGUGGGAAGAAGAAGAGGACGAGGAGGAAGAGGAGGAGGAAGAAGAGGAGGACGGCGACGACCGAGGCUACAGGCACUACGGGCACACCGCCGGGAGCCACCGCUAUGAAAAGCCGGCCAACGGGAGGAGUUACGCGAAGGAGCUGGGCGAUGUGAAGCCCCCCACCUCCAUCAGGAGCACCGUCAGCAACCCCCCCACCGGCGGCGGCGGCACCGGCACCGGCACCGGCACCGGCGCCCGGAGCACCGUCAUGCCGCCCCCAGUCCCCAAUGGCAACCUCCAUCCCCCUCCGGACCUCAGGCACAACGGCAACGUGGUGGUAGCCGAUCGGCCGCUGACAGGGCACCGAGGAGGCCACCCCAACCCUCUGCAGAAAGGCCGGCCUGCGGGGGGGCGGCUGGGCGGCCCGGGUCCGGGCCCGGGGCCCGCGGGGCUCCUCCCGCUUCACCCCAUGGAGAGUGGGACUUGUCUCAAGGAGGAGCCCCAGCUCCCCACUAUGGACUGGGAGGCUUUGGAAAGGCAUCUCGCCGGCUUACAGUUUCAGGAGCAGGAGGGACGCAGCCAGAGUCAGGGGAAACCAAACUCCACCUCGGCACAGAAAAAUGAAAGAGAAUCUAUCAGGCAGAAGUUGGCGCUUGGGAGUUUCUUUGAUGAUGGCCCAGGAAUUUAUACCAGCUGCAGCAAAAGUGGAAAACCAAGCCUUUCUUCCCGGCUACAAAGUGGGAUGAACUUGCAAAUUUGUUUUGUGAAUGACAGCGGGAGUGACAAAGACAGUGAUGCAGAUGAUAGUAAGACGGAAACAAGUCUGGACACCCCUUUGUCACCUAUGAGCAAGCAGAGCUCUUCCUACUCUGACAGAGACACAACUGAAGAGGAGUCGGAGUCCCUGGAUGACAUGGAUUUCCUCACCAGACAGAGGAAGCUGCAGGCAGAAGCCAAGAUGGCGCUCGCGAUGGCCAAACCAAUGGCCAAGAUGCAAGUAGAAGUGGAGAAACAAAACAGGAAAAAAUCUCCAGUGGCCGAUCUCUUGUAUUAUUUAAAACCUACUGACCUGAGGGACAUGACCAUUGGGCAGCUACAAGUGAUAGUCAAUGAUCUCCACUCCCAAAUAGAGAGCUUGAAUGAAGAGCUGGUGCAGCUGCUUCUCAUCCGAGAUGAAUUGCACACAGAGCAAGAUGCCAUGCUGGUCGACAUAGAAGAUUUGACUAGACAUGCUGAAAGCCAGCAGAAGCACUUGGCGGAAAAAAUGACGGCAAAAUGAACCGGAGCCCCCCCCACCCCGGGAGACCACGCUCGAAAACUAUUGUGCUUCUGUGGUCCUAAAAUGUGGAUACACCCUUGGAGGGGUGCACCAAGAAACAAAAAAAUCAGUGUUAGUCAGUGAUGAUGUCCGAAGCUUCAUGUCCAGUGAUUGGCCUUUGCUUCUUAAUUUAUUUUAAUUUUAACUCGUGCCACUAAAUAGCCGGCAUUUUAAUAAAAUACAGUUAUGAGAAGAAAAUGUACAGUAGCCAUGCUGUUACAACCAUGGUUGGGAACAGAGGGUAGUUUAACUUUAUUUUUUAUUUGUUUAGAGAUUUUCAGUUGAACCCGUCCUUUCCCAUUGCGUACUUUUACUCCUUGCUGUAGUUUACUCUAAAGAAAAGCUGUCGAAGCCGGUGCUAUCAAAGUCCAAACCAUACCUGCCUGCCUCGUCGUGAAGUUGUAGCUUUCCGUCAUCUGGAUAUUUUAAUCAGUUUUCAACAUUUUGUGAAUGUUGACUACCUGACCUUCAUUUUUAGAUGUGCUAUUAACAUUCAGCUGGAUUCAGAGAGUUUCCCUGGAACGUUUUAUGUAUAAAUAUGUAAAAUAAAAAUUGAAAAUUUGUUUCA